CAGGAUGGAUGCGAUCAAGUGCAUCGGAAACUGUUUUCUUAUGUUUCUCAUCGCCGUCGUGUUUGACGUGCUCGGCGUGAUCCUGCUUUUAAUCGGGAUCUUCGCCAACUUGCGCAUCAACGGACUCUUUUAUGGCGACUUCUUGAUCUACACCGGCUCCCUGAUCAUUUUCAUCAGCCUGGCCUGCUGGCUCAUGUGGUACGUGGGCAACGUCCAGGUGUCGGUGGAUGACGGCUGUAAGAAGAGGAACAGCAUCGUGGAGCUGGCCAGGAAACUAUCCGAGAGGUUAACCAUGAAGCUGAGCGGAGGGGAGGAAAGCAUGAAGUGCGUGGAGGAUGAGGAGAGCAGCCAUGGGGGAUCCUCUCCACACAAAGCCAGCAGGGUGACGUGGGGCAGAUCCACCGCCUACUCCAACGAAGGCUACGAUACCUCAUCGGACAUCCCUGACGUGGAGAGCAAAAUGGGCAAAAAUGUCACGAGCUGAUGUCCUGAUGAGUACCUCCGUGUUAAAAUGCGCAUCUGGCCGCUUUAUUGUGCCUCUUUCUGGAGCCUUCUGUACAGUACGCAGAGAAAGAGGGAUGAUACUACUGCAAGUUAUAUUUCCCAGGCUUCUCAGUCAAACCUAGAUGGGCAUUAUGUCUGGACCUGUUCUGUCAAACAUGUUUAAAUAGGCUGUAAAUCACAAUGUUAGAAACACUGAGGCACAAGGCCCUUUAUACUCUGUUCUUUCUCACUGAGCUUAUAUUUUACU